ACAAGACCGUGAGCUCAGCCCAAAAAUCUCACAACAGCGACAGUCGACCGCAAAUGCUCUGUUCUUCUACAAAAACUCUGCUUCUUCGUUGCAGAAAUCUCAGCGCGGCUCUUACCUCCUCCUCCUCCUCCUCUUCUUCUUCUUCUUCUCUGCCUUUUCCCGAUCUCUUCUCGCCUUCUGUCCCGGAGCAAACCCUUCUCUUCUCUCGCCCAAUCUCGUCGUUCCCUGACUGUACUCCGUCGAUCAAGCCACCGACUUUCGGUUCUUCGCUCUAUCGUUGUCGGAGUUCUGUCUCGCGCGAUCGGAGAUCGAAUCGUACGAUGGCCAGCCAAUCCUCGACCGGGUCGAUUCACGACUUCACUGUGAAGGAUGCCCGUGGAAAUGAUGUCGACCUCAGUACCUACAAGGGCAAGGUCUUGCUGAUUGUCAACGUUGCUUCGCAGUGUGGACUGACCAAUUCAAAUUACACCGAACUCAGUCAGAUCUAUGAGCAAUACAAGAAUCAAGGUUUAGAGAUACUAGCAUUCCCGUGCAACCAGUUUGGAGCUCAGGAGCCGGGGACAAAUGAGGAGAUCCUACAAUUUGCUUGCACUCGAUUCAAGGCGGAGUAUCCCAUUUUCGAUAAGGUUGAUGUGAAUGGUGAAAGUGCCGCUCCUCUCUACAAGUUCCUGAAAUCGAGCAAGGGUGGACUCUUUGGGGAUAACAUUAAGUGGAACUUCUCCAAGUUCCUCAUCGAUAAAGAAGGAAAUGUUGUUGAUCGCUAUGCACCCACUACUUCUCCUCUUAGCAUUGAGAAGGACAUCAAGAAGCUGUUGGGAGUGGCAUGAGCGCUGGAACUUCUAUUCCCCAGAAAGGAUGAGAAGUAAUCUGAAAAAUAAGCAUCCUCUUGAUUCAUCAUGAGGGUAACUCUAGAUGUCUUCUUCACAUGUUCUAUCGUUGAGUUUGCACUCGGUUUAAUAAUGUAAAGAGAACGUAUGCUUGUCAAUCAAAUCCAGCUUCCGGUUUCCUACUGCUGUUAGAAAAA